CUGCUCACAGAACCAGAAUGGCAAGAAAGAAGUUGAAGCGUUUCACAACUUUGGAGCUUAUGCUCAGUGCCCUUCUGCUUCUGAUGUUUAUCAUCACUAUUCCUCUGUUUGUGCUUUCAGCCGUGGAUUCUUCAGAAUCUAAAGAUCCUGGGACACCAGUUACCCCAGAUCCUGGGACAGCAAGUACCACCCCGGGUUCUGCUGAGUGUCCAGUGGUCAGUGAAGUGGAACGGAUAAACUGCAUCCCUGACCAGCCACCAACAAAGGCCACAUGCGACCAGCGUGGGUGCUGCUGGAGACCUCAGGGGACCAUACAUGUGCCUUGGUGCUACUAUUCUAAAAGCCAUGGCUAUCAAAUGGAGGGUGACCUUGUGAAAACAAACGCAGGAUUCAAAGCCCAGUUGGAAAGGUUGCCUUCUCCAUCUUUAUUUGGAAAUGAUGUCAACAAUGUCCUUCUCACAGCAGAAUACCAGACAGCCAACCGUUUCCACUUUAAGUUAACCGACCAGAGCAAGGACAGAUACGAAGUGCCCCAUGAACAUGUGCAACCCUUCAAAGGAAACGCUGCUUCUCCUUUGGCCUAUGAAGUUGAUGUCUCCAAACAGCCAUUUAGCAUCAGAGUGAUCCGAAGAAGCAAUAAUCGUGUUCUGUUGGACUCAAGCAUUGGACCACUCCUGUUUGCCAAUCAGUUCCUGCAGUUCUCCACCCGACUGCCCAGUGCUAACGUGUAUGGUCUGGGGGAACAGGUGCACCAACAGUACCGGCAUGAUAUGAACUGGAAGACCUGGUCCCUGUUUGCCAGGGACACAACCCCCAAUGGGGAUGGGACUAACUUGUAUGGUACACAGACAUUUUUCCUGUGUCUUGAAGAUGCUAGUGGAUUGUCCUUUGGAGUGUUUCUGAUGAACAGCAAUGCCAUGGAGGUAGCCCUCCAGCCCACCCCAGCUGUCACUUACCGCACCAUCGGAGGCAUCCUCGACUUCUAUGUGUUCUUGGGAAACACUCCAGAGCAAGUUGUUCAAGAAUAUCUAGAGCUCAUUGGACGGCCAGCCCUACCCUCAUACUGGUCACUUGGAUUUCAUCUCAGUCGUUAUGAUUAUGGAACCCUACAGAGCAUGAAAGAAGUCAUGGAGAGAAACCGUGCUGCACAGCUCCCUUAUGACGUUCAGCAUGCUGAUAUUGAUUACAUGGAUGAGAGGAAGGAUUUCACUUACGAUCCAGUAAAUUUUAAAGGCUUCCCUGAGUUUGCUAAGGAGUUGCACAGUAACGGACAGAAACUGGUCGUCAUUGUGGAUCCAGCCAUCUCCAACAACUCUUCCCCAAGCAGUCCCUAUGGCCCGUAUGACAGGGGUUCGAACGCGAAGAUAUGGGUGAAUGCUUCAGAUGGGGUGACUCCACUCAUUGGGGAGGUCUGGCCUGGAAAAACUGUGUUUCCUGAUUAUACCAACCCCAACUGUGCUGUUUGGUGGGCAAAGGAAUUUGAGCUUUUCCACCAGCAAGUGGAGUUUGAUGGAAUCUGGAUUGAUAUGAAUGAAGUCUCCAACUUCGUUGAUGGUUCUGUUUCAGGAUGUUCCACAAGCAACCUAAAUUAUCCCCCAUUCACUCCCAGGAUCCUGGAUGGGUACCUGUUCUGCAAGAGCCUCUGCAUGGACGCGGUGCAGCACUGGGGCAAGCAGUACGAUGUCCACAAUCUGUAUGGCUACUCCAUGGCGAUUGCCACCGCACAAGCUGUCAAUACCGUGUUCCCUAGUAAGAGAAGCUUCAUUAUAACCCGUUCGACCUUUGCGGGGUCUGGCAAGUUUGCAGCCCAUUGGUUAGGAGACAACGCGGCCACCUGGAAUGAUCUCCGCUGGUCUAUCCCUGGCAUGCUCGAGUUCAACCUUUUUGGUAUCCCAAUGGUGGGUGCUGACAUUUGUGGCUUUGCACUGGACUCCCCUGAGGAGCUCUGCCGUCGGUGGAUGCAGCUGGGAGCAUUUUAUCCAUUUUCUAGGAAUCACAAUGGCCAAGGCUACAAGGCCCAGGAUCCUGCCUCCUUUGGACCGGACUCCCUGCUAUUGAAUUCCUCCAGACACUACCUUACCAUCCGCUACACCCUGUUACCCUACCUCUACACUCUCUUCUAUCGGGCCCACAGCCGGGGCGACACGGUGGCCAGACCCCUUAUGCAUGAGUUCUACAGGGACAGCAACACGUGGGAUGUGCACCAACAGUUUUUAUGGGGACCUGGCCUCCUCAUCACUCCAGUUCUGGAAGAGGGUGCAGAGAAAGUGACGGCAUAUAUGCCCGAUGCCAUCUGGUACGAUUAUGAGACUGGGGCCCGGGCGAGAUGGAGGAAGCAAAGAGUGGAAAUGGAACUUCCUGGGGACAAAAUCGGACUUCACCUCCGCGGAGGCCAUAUAUUCCCCACACAACAGCCCGCUGCUACCACGGUGGCCAGUCGACGGAACCCUCUUGGUCUCAUCAUCGCCCUGGAUGAGAACAAAGAAGCCAAAGGCGAACUUUUCUGGGAUGAUGGGGAAACUAAAGAUACUGUGGCCAAUAAAGUCUAUCUCCUGUGUGAGUUUUCCGUCACCCAGAACCGCUUGGAUGUGAAGAUUUUGCAGUCAACCUACAAAGACCCCAAUAAUUUAGUAUUUAAGGAGAUUAAAAUUCUUGGGAUCCAGGAACCUAACAAUGUUACAGUGAAACGCAAUGGUGUCCCAAGUCAGAUUUCUCCUAAUGUCACUUAUGAUUCUAACCUACAGGUUGCCCUCAUCACGGACGUUGAUCUUGUCCUGGGCGAAGCAUACACAGUGGAGUGGAUCCCGAAGAUAAGGGAUGCAGAAAAAAUAGACUGUUAUCCCGAUGAGACUGGUGCUUCCGCAGAAAACUGUAUUGCCCGUGGCUGUGCCUGGGAGGUAUCUAGUUCUCCCGGAGUCCCAUUUUGUUAUUUCGUCAAUGAUUUGUACUCUGUCGGCGACAUUCAGUACGACUCACAUGGCGCCACUGCUACCAUUUCCUUAAAGUCUUCUUUCUAUGCCUCCUCUCUGCCCUCGGUACCUGUGACCUCCCUCCGCGUGCAAGUGACCUACCAUAAGAAUGACAUGCUGCAAUUUAAGAUUUAUGAUCCCAACAACAAUCGGUAUGAAGUUCCAGUGCCUCUCAACAUACCCAAGGUUCCAUCCAGUACCUCGGAGAGUCAGCUCUAUGAUGUCCUCAUUAAGAAUCCGUUCGGAAUUGAAAUUCGCCGCAAGAGUACGGGCUCUGUAAUCUGGGACUCUCAGCUCCUUGGCUUUACCUUCAACGACAUGUUCAUCCGCAUCUCCACUCGCCUUCCCUCCCAGUACAUCUAUGGCUUUGGGGAAACUGAGCACACAGCCUUUCGGAGAGACUUGAACUGGCACACGUGGGGAAUGUUCUCCCGAGACCAACCCCCGGGGUACAAGAAGAAUUCCUAUGGUGUCCACCCCUACUACAUGGCACUGGAGGAGGAUGGCAGUGCCCACGGAGUGCUCCUUCUAAACAGCAACGCCAUGGAUGUGACAUUCCAGCCCCUGCCUGCUUUGACGUACCGCACCACAGGGGGAAUUCUGGACUUUUAUGUGGUCUUGGGGCCAACUCCUGAGCUUGUCACUCAGCAGUACACUGAGUUGAUCGGUCGGCCGGUGAUGGUUCCUUACUGGGCCUUGGGGUUUCAGCUGUGUCGCUACGGAUACCAGAACGACUCUGAGAUUGCCAGCUUGUAUGAUGAGAUGGUGGCUGCCCAGAUUCCUUACGACGUUCAGUACUCAGACAUCGACUACAUGGAGCGGCAGCUGGACUUCACCCUCAGCCCCAAGUUUGCGGGAUUUCCAGCUCUGAUUACUCGCAUGAAGGCCGCAGGGAUGCGGGUCAUCCUUAUUCUGGACCCUGCCAUUUCCGGGAAUGAGACACAGCCCUAUCCUGCGUUCACUCGGGGUAUGGAGGAUGAUGUCUUCAUCAAAGCUCCAAAUGGUGGCGGCAUUGUCUGGGGGAAGGUGUGGCCUGACUUCCCUAAUGUCGUUAUAAACGGGUCUCUAGACUGGGAGAGUCAAGUAGAGCAAUACCGAGCUUAUGUGGCCUUCCCAGACUUUUUCCGUAAUUCAACUGCCACGUGGUGGAAGAGGGAGAUGCGAGAACUGUACACCAAUCCCCGGGAUCCAGAGAAGAGCUUGAAGUUUGAUGGCAUGUGGAUUGAUAUGAAUGAGCCGGCAAGUUUUGUGAAUGGAGCAGUGCCCCCAGGCUGCAGGGACGCCACUCUGAACCAUCCCCCCUAUGUGCCACAUUUGGAGUCCAGGGACAGGGGCCUGAGCAGUAAGACCCUGUGCAUGGAGAGUCAGCAAAUCCUGCCAGAUGGCUCGCUGGUGCGGCACUAUGAUGUGCACAGCCUGUACGGAUGGGCCCAGACCAGACCCACCUAAGAAGCUGUGCAGGAGGUGACGGGACAGCGAGGGAUUGUCAUCACCCGCUCCACAUUCCCCUCCUCUGGCCGCUGGGGAGGUCACUGGCUGGGAGACAACACAGCUGCCUGGGACCAGCUGAAGAAGUCUAUCAUUGGCAUGAUGGAGUUCAGCCUCUUUGGCAUAUCUUAUACAGGAGCAGAUAUUUGUGGGUUCUUUCAAGAUGCCCAAUAUGAGAUGUGCGCUCGCUGGAUGCAGCUGGGGGCCUUUUACCCCUUCUCGAGGAACCACAACACCAUUGGGACCAGGAGGCAGGACCCUGUGUCCUGGAAUGCAACCUUUGAGAAUAUCUCCAGAAGCGUCCUGCAGACCAGAUACACCCUGUUGCCGUAUCUCUACACUCUGAUGCACAUGGCCCACACGGAGGGCAGCACUGUCGUCCGGCCUCUUCUCCAUGAGUUUGUGUCAGACCGGGUGACCUGGGAUGUGGACAGUCAAUUUCUGCUGGGCCCAGCCUUCCUGGUCAGCCCUGUCCUGGAGGCUAAUGCCAGAAAUGUCACUGCAUAUUUCCCUAGAGCCCGCUGGUAUGACUACUACACGGGUGUGGACAUUAAAGCAAGGGGAGAAUGGAAAUCCUUGCCGGCUCCUCUUGACCACAUUAAUCUACAUGUCCGUGGGGGCUCCAUCCUGCCCUGGCAAGAGCCUGCGCAGAACACCCACUUAAGCCGGCAGAAAUUCAUUGGCUUCAAGGUUGCCUUGGAUGAUGAGGGGACUGCUAAAGGUUGGCUCUUCUGGGAUGAUGGGCAAAGCAUUGAUACUUAUGGAAGAGGACUCUAUUACCUAGCCAACUUUUCUGCUAGCCAGAAUAUGAUGCAGAGUCAUAUAAUUUUCAACAAAUACAUCACAGAUACAAACCCUUUGAAAUUGGGCUACGUGGAGAUCUGGGGAGUGGGCAGCGUCCCUGUUUCCAGCGUCAGCGUCUCUCUGACCGGCAUGGUUAUCACGCCCAACUUCACCUACAACCCUGCAUCACAGGUGUUAAGCAUUGAUAUGACCAGCAAAGACAUCAGCCUCCAUAAUUUCAUUUCACUGACAUGGAGAAGCACUCUGGCUUUUUUAUAGCAAGACACCAAUUAUGAAUAGCUUUGAAACUACUUACAAUUCAUGCUCAUAAAAUUAUUGUGUGUGUUAAUUGGUU